AUGCAAGUCCGAAUCGUGCACAAGGGCAGCGACCUGCUUACCGUAAACGUCGAUGCAGAGACUACAGUUAGCCAGGUGAAAGAGGCGAUCACUCAGGCCAUCAAGGUCAGACCGAAGGAUCAGAUACUCACCUCGAAGGGAAUUUUCCUCGAAGACACACACACCCUCGGCAAAUACGGCGUCUACGACUGGGGCUCUCUGGAACUGCAUUUGCGUCUGAACAGCCAAAAAAUCAUUCCAGUUCGUGUGGCUCUCUCGCCUACCGAGGUGGUGACGAUACCGAUUCGUUCAGAUGCAACUGUCGAUGAGUUGAGACUGGAGAUCUCGAAGCGCACAACGCGAGAACACUUCAAGGUGUCUUCUGCCAUCCUCGUCUACUCGCAUUGGGUGCUUGAGAACGGACAUCGGUUGGAGGAAUACGGUGUGAAUGAAAAUGACUGCAUCACUGUUGCUGAGGCAUUGGCUCGCGGAACUCCACCUGCUGUGGAUUCGAACGAGUCCUACGACUACUGUGAAGGCUUCCAAGGAAUGCGUAUUGAAGGGGACGCGCGCACUCAACCAGCACCACCACCGCCACCACCGCAACAGCUGCCACCACAAGCGGUGAGACGAAAGAGCUAUCAAACUGUUGAGCCAACAUGCUUACAAGUUCACUUCUUGUCCAACGACGGUGAUCCCCUCACACUGCCGAUUCCACGAACUCAGACACUGAAGUCGGUCUGCAGUUAUGUUCAAAAAGCUACAGGCAUACCCGUGGAAAAUCAGGAAUUCAUCAUUUCCGGUGAAGCGGUGGAUCCGGAGCUGACACUUCUGCAACUCGGAAUUCAGAAUGAUGAUAGCAUAUUUUUGAAUGACUCUCGGUUAAGAAUUCCUACUCUGGAUCAGAAAAAGCAUGCUACGUCCACGUCCUUGAGGGCACCAGCUGUAAAGCAAAAGAGUUUCAAAGACUUGGAAGUCAAUUUCGACCUGGGAGACGGCUAUAUUACACUGGUCCUUCCAACUAACUCCACCGUUGACCAGGCAAUACGUGAAUUAAGGAAGGCCUUGAAGCCGACUAACUGCAGAUUCGAACUGCGAUUUGAAAAUCGCCACCUGGAACCAUCCAGGUCCUUAUGCGAAUACGGGAUACACAGUGGGAGUGUAGUGAAUGUAGUCGCAGUGCCCGAGAUUCAGCACUACAGAGCCAACACAGGAUUUCUCUAA